UACUGUGUGAGCUGUGAUUGGUCACAGCUUGUCACAUGGUACAAGGCUGUUGUGAAUAGCCUUGUACCAUAUUUCACAUGUAGUAAGCAAUGAUGUCAGAAGUGACAUCUUGCUUACACCUAUUCAUGUGAUCACUGAUUGGCCAAUCAGUGAUCACAUGAUCGGGACCUCACACAGAGGUCCCGUACAGCGAUCGGUGUUCCCAGGGAGCACACACAGUCCAAUAUGGCAGGCGCCAUUUAUGAAUGGCAACCCGCCCCUGCACUGCCACCGUCCGGCCGUUUAUAUACAGCGGCCGGACAGGAAGUGGUUA